CUCCAAGCGGACAAAAGGUGAGCUGCGGGAGCUAAAAAUAAGCCUUGUUGUUUUUCAGUGUCCUGAUAUGGAAGUGCGUAACAACUAUCCUUCCUAUUGACUGUGUCAACUUGACUGCGAUAUGAAUGGAGGCGAAGUCGUGGUGGUUACAGGCUUCGGACCUUUUCGACAGUUCUUAGUGAACCCCAGCUGGAAAGCAGCCCAGGGCUUGAGGUUGGUCGGAUUUGGAGAGCGGACUGAUAUUUACAUCAGGGAGGUGCCAGUGAGUUAUGUUAAAACUCAGCAAAUCAUUGCUGAGAUUUGGCAAACUCUUCACCCGAAGUUUGCUGUACAUCUGGGCGUAGCCAGAGGUUCCAGUGUCGUCUUUUUGGAGCAAACCGGAAAGAACAGUGGAUACAGAGACAAAGAUGUGUGUGGCUUCUGUCCUGAAAGUCAGUGCUGUGUGGAAGGAGGACCAGAGAAACUGGACUCAGUCGUUAACAUGAGGGCUGUCGCGAAAGAGUUCAAACAAGCAGGGACAGAUGUCACUUAUUCAAGAGAUGCUGGCAGGUACCUGUGUGAUUUUGCGUAUUACUUCUCACUGUAUCACGGUCAGAGGAGAGCAGCCCUCAUCCAUGUACCGUCAUCUGGCAGCCUGACCUCAGCUGACAGACUGGUACCUCUGCUGCGUAGCCUCAUUCACACCAUGCUGGACCAGCUGGAGGACCCUUCCGAAACCGCAUGAGGAGAUGAUGACUGAGGACUUCUCCAAGCCAGCUGUCACAGCGAGGGUUGUAUCUCGUCAAAGUUGGGCCGGAGUACCACCACAGGCCCGUUGGCCGAAACAUGUCCUGAGUGCUUGUCCAAGGCUUGGCCUGGAGACGCUGAGGCAACUGGGCCCGGGGAGGAGGGAGACACAAGUCCCAGUAACGGAGUACUCGGGCCUUGCAUGGGGGAUAACUGCUGGGUAGAAGGAGGCGGCGUGCCUCCUGUACACCCCGAUGAGGGGGCAGCGGCAGUAGCAGAGGGCUGCCUGGCGGAUGCAGGGUCCAGUGGAAUGUUCUCCAUGUUUUCUACCUCCAUGUCCAGCUCCUCGGUGUCCGGCGGCUUGUUCUCCUCGCUGUAGAAGAAGCUCACUUCCCUGAAGGGAGGAUCCAGUUCUUCUUUGAUGCUGUUGAUGAUCUCCAGGAAGGACGGACGCAUCUUGGGAUUAUACUGCCAGCACAUCCUCAUCAGCUCAAACCUGCAAGUGACGCAAGGUAAAAAGGGUUAGUAAUGCACAGUAGAUUUAUUUUAUUUUGUCAUUAAAAGCAUAGGUUCAGGUUUUUUUUAGGUCUAAUUGAAUAUUCACAUAUGCAUCUGUACUAUAUAUUUUGUACUUAACAGAUACAUUUGGAAGACACCAAUGUAAUUUGACUUGGACUUGCUGAAGCCUCAUAAGUUUUGAAUGAACAAAAAGAGAACUAUGGAUUUUGUGUAAUUAUGCCACUUUAGAGCCAGGAGGACAUGAGGAAUGAUUACAGCAGCGGACAACUCUUUCAAUGUACACACGGGCAUGUGAGUAUUGUGUACUUGAAAAGAUGUGAACCUAUCCUUUAAAACUUUAGAGUGGGAAGACUUUGAGUGUUUCACCAGUAGGUGGCAGGAGACACCAAAGUUAAAGCCAAUGUCAAUACUCACUGGCACGAAGGUUCACUAUACUGAUCUUGGAGAAAAAAAAACUAUGUAUACAGUACAUUAAUAUAGGACUGUAAACUAUCCCAAUAUACUGUUCAGAUGCUCUGAUUACUGUUUUUCUGUUGUCUUUUUGGAAAUUCAU